GUGCGUCCGGCAGAGAUGGCGAUGGCGGCGAGCGGGACGCUGCCCAUGCGGCUGCUGCGCAAGAAGAUCCAGAAGCGUAAUCUCAAGCUGCGCCAGCGAAACCUCAAGCUGCUGGCGGCCCGGCACCUUGUGGAGGCAGGCGACCCAGAGGAAGUGACAGACGAGGCCGUUUCGGAAGAAAUGGCAGAGGUGGAAGCAGAGGAGGAAAAGCAGCUGCAGUCAGUGUCCAGCAACAGACAAACGGCAGAGAGGCAGAAGCCCGAGUCAAGGAAGAAAAAGAAGAAAAGGCAAAUGAGCAACUCGGAAAAUGGCACAGCAACAAAAAAGAUAAAGACUGAAGAACAGCAGACUGCAGAAGAUGAAGAAAACAGUAAAGCUCCGGAAGUAGAAGAAAAUGCACAUGAUUCUGGAGAGGAAGACCUGAAUGAAGAGGAUGCUGAAGUGCCUAGUUUACCUCUUGGUGUAACAGGUGCUUUUGAAGACACUUCGUUUGCUUCACUUGCUGAUCUUGUCAGUGAGAACACGCUGAAAGGAAUAAAUGAAAUGGGCUUUACACACAUGACAGAAAUUCAGCAUAAAAGUAUUAAACCCCUUUUGGAAGGCAGAGAUAUUUUGGCAGCUGCAAAAACGGGUAGCGGCAAAACACUUGCAUUCCUUAUUCCUGCCAUAGAACUCAUCUACAAGUUAAAAUUCAUGCCUAGAAAUGGAACUGGUGCUCUGAUUCUUUCACCCACACGAGAGCUUGCCAUGCAGACCUAUGGAGUUCUUAAGGAGCUAAUGACGCAUCACGUUCACACUUACGGGUUGGUGAUGGGAGGCAGUAACAGAUCAGCUGAGGCACAGAAACUUGCAAAUGGGAUCAAUAUUAUCGUGGCAACACCAGGUAGACUUCUAGAUCACAUGCAGAAUACCCCUGGCUUUAUGUACAAGAACUUGCAGUGCUUGGUAAUUGAUGAAGCAGAUCGUAUUUUAGAAGUUGGGUUUGAGGAAGAAAUGAAACAGAUUAUAAAACUUCUGCCAAAGCGCAGACAGACCAUGCUAUUUUCUGCUACACAAACCAGAAAGGUUGAAGAUCUGGCUAAAAUAUCUCUGAAAAAGGAGCCUUUGUAUGUUGGGGUUGAUGACAACAAGGAGACGGCAACAGUUGAUGGUCUUGAACAGGGCUAUGUAGUUUGUCCAUCUGAAAAAAGGUUCCUUCUGCUCUUCACAUUCCUCAAGAAGAACCGGAAGAAAAAGCUCAUGGUAUUUUUCUCAUCAUGUAUGUCAGUGAAAUACCACUAUGAACUACUCAACUACAUUGAUUUGCCUGUCAUGGCCAUUCAUGGCAAGCAGAAGCAGACCAAACGUACCACCACAUUUUUCCAGUUCUGUAAUGCGGACUCUGGAAUACUGCUGUGUACUGAUGUAGCUGCCAGAGGACUAGACAUUCCUGAAGUGGACUGGAUUGUCCAGUAUGAUCCUCCAGAUGAUCCAAAGGAAUAUAUUCAUCGCGUUGGUAGAACUGCCAGAGGUAUUGAUGGCCGUGGACAUGCGCUGCUCAUUUUACGACCAGAAGAAUUGGGUUUCCUUCGUUACCUAAAGCAAGCCAAGGUACCAUUAAGUGAAUUUGAAUUUUCCUGGUCCAAAAUUUCAGACAUCCAGUCUCAGCUGGAGAAAUUGAUUGAAAAGAACUACUUUCUUCACAAGUCAGCCCAGGAAGCAUACAAAGCAUACAUUAGAGCUUAUGACUCCCAUUCCCUGAAGCAUAUCUACAACGUCAAUAACUUGGAUCUACCUAAAGUUUGCCUUUCUUUUGGCUUCAAAGUCCCUCCAUUUGUUGAUCUCCACGUGAACAGCAGCCAAGGCAAAAGAUUGCAAAAAAGAGGCGGAGGUGGAGGGUUUGGUUACCAGAAACCUCAAAACGUUCACAAAGCGAAAAUCUUCAAACAGAUUAACAAGAAGACAACAGACAGACGGCAGUUUUGUCGUUGAACCUAUCACUAUCCAAAUGGCUUCUGUCACUGAAAAAGACUCUCCUUUUUUAAACAGUCCAGCAGAUGCGUCUUCUAUGAGCGUGAGCUGCGUUGUUGAAAAUUUGAUGUUGAGUUUGAUUUCUGGGUAGAUAUUUAGCUCUUCUCUUGCCUAAAAACUUCUUGCCAAAUAAGUGAGACAUGGCUAGGUGGCUUUGUCAACAUUAAUUCCAAAGCUGAGAGUUGGAUGUAACCAUUUUCACUAUGAAACAGUGAAACAAAAGUUGUUCUUGAAAAUUGUGCAUUUUUUUCUAGCUUCCCCCACCCCCACAAAUAGGAAAAUCUAAUUUACCUUGUCUCACCCUGAAAACACCUCUUAAAGGCUGGGACAACUCACUGCUCUCCAGUUUUGAAUACAGAGUGGAUAUUUUGCAUAGCAGGAGUCCUUUUGUCUUCAGAAAUUAAAGAGGCUGGUAAGUCAUUGGGAUCAUGUUUACAGUAUAAAAACCAUUGUUUCUGUCAGUGGAAUCUCUUAUACAAAACUCAUUGCCUUUCCCAUUAAAUAGCCAGAACAAAGUAGUAGAUCUUUGAAAAACAGACAAGUUUCUAUGAGUCUAAAACUGAAGCAUUAACCCAAAAUUAUUUUAAAACCAUCAGGGAUACUGCAUUGAUCUGUUUAUCAAAUAAUACAAGUGGUCAAGGGUACAAAAUAAAAUGUAACUAUAUUUUUA